AUGGUUUCAAGAAAUUAUAGGCCAAGUAUGGAAAAGUCUAGUAUUGAUUUGAAUCGUGAAACAUCAUCGACAUCUGUCUCUGAAACCCAACCUAAACAUAGUGUUGAAGGGUUGGAAAAUGUAGUUCUACACAAUGAAGAUGAAUCAAGGCAUAAAUGUAAAGUCAGCUGGAGCAAGGAAGCCACUAUACUUCUGAUAAGUGGAUGGCUUAAUACAUCUAAGGAUGCCAUUGUGGGGAAUGACCAGACUUCUACACAUUUCUGGGCUCGAAUCGCAGAUUACUUCAACACCAACCAAAAAGCACAUCACAGUGGUUGGUCUGAUGAGCAAAUUCUUGAGAAUGCACAUCAAUUGUACAAAUCUGAAAAUAACAACUCAAAUUUUCUUCUUGUGGAUUGUUGGAGAUUGCUAAAGGAUGAGCCGAAAUGGAAUACAAUGUACCAAACAAAAGGUGGUAAAAGAACAAAGGUGUCAGAUACAGGGGCAUUUACUUCUUCUUCCAAUGCAGAUAUCAGUGAUGAUGAAGUACGUGAAGUGCGCCCUAUUGGCCAAAAGGCAGCAAAGAGAAAAGGGAAGGAAAAAAAAGACACACAUGCUAGAUUUAUAGAGAUUAGUGAACGGAAAGCAUCUGCAUUGGAGAAAUUGGUGGCGAUAAAAGAGAAAGAGGCAGAAGAUAAUAGGAUGACAAAAUACAUGGAUUAUCUCAUCAUGGAUACGUCGCAUAUGACUCAUGAACAAAAGAAAGAUCAUGAAAACUUGUCUAUAUUUUAA